AUGCGGGCCAGCUGCCUCCUCCUCCUCAUCUCUGUCGUCGCCGCCAUUGAGCUGUCGCUGCUCCGCCCGGCGCGAUGCCAGCCACCGGGCGUCAUCGACCGCGCGCCGCCGCCGAUCGCGCAGGUGAUCAAGGGCGCGCCGCCGCUGCCGGUCUUGCAGCCGCAGGACCUCGAGAAGGAGCUCCGGCCCGUCAGCGACAGGCUCACCGCCGAGCUGCAGAAGAAGUACGGCUUCUGCAUGGCUGACGCGCAAAGUGAUUUCAACCAGACGUUCGACUACACCUCCGACCCCAGCUUCGCCUCCGACUGCAUGGAGCAGACCAGAGGGCAAAUGACCUCAAUGCUGUGUGGGACAGCUGAAAUACAGUUAUACAUCAAAAGCUUGGCUGACGCUAGCAGUCGCAGUAACCCCAGGAUAAGUCUGAACUGCAACCAAAACUCAUGGGCACUCGGGUGCCAGCCCGGCUGGGCUUGCAUGUUACCGGGCACUGAACCAUCUGAUGAAUCAUCCGCUGAAUCGUUUCCACUAAGAGCAGAGAGCUGCAGGCCAUGUUGUCCGGGUUUCUUCUGCCCCCAGGGCCUGACAUGCAUGAUGCCUUGUCCUUUGGGUGCUUAUUGUCCUCUUGGGACAUUGAAUGACACUACUGGCCUUUGUGAUCCGUAUUUUUACCAAGUAACUCCAGGAAAGAACACUGCAUGUGGUACAGCAGAUUCUUGGGCUGAUAUUGUUACAACUAAUGAUGUCUUCUGCCCUCCAGGGCACUACUGUCCAACCACAACCCAGAAAUACAAUUGCAGCAGCGGGCACUAUUGCCGCAAAGGUUCCACCGAUGAAAAGAAGUGCUUUUGGAAAAACACUUGCAAGGAUAAUGCGAUAAAAGAAGAUUUGACUUUAUAUGGCAUUAUAUUAAUUGCUAUCUUGGGCUUUGUUUUGCUACUGGUAUACAACUGCUCUGGCCUAUUCAUUUCACUUCAAGUAAAAAUGUCAUCUAGAUCUCGUAAAAAGGCUGCAAAAAGGGCAGAUAAAUCAGCCGCAGCACGUGAAAGAUGGAAAUUAGCAAAAGAACUUGUACUUCGGCAUGAGGUUCCCACUGAAAGGUUCGGACGUGCAUAUAAUCAGGCAGACACGGAUAGAGCUAUGAAGAUAAACAAUGAUAAAUUAACAUUCUCUGGAGUGGUGUCUCUAGCUACUGAAAUUAGGCCACGAAGGCCAACACUUGAAGUGGCUUUCAGAGGUCUAACACUAUCUAUUGGAAAAAAGAAACUUCUGCAAUGUGUUACAGGAAAACUUUCACCAGGUAGGGUAACAGCUAUCAUGGGCCCUUCUGGAGCAGGAAAGACUACUUUUCUCAAUGCUGUAUUAGGUAAAACGUCUGGGUACAAGAAGGAUGGGAUAGUCCUUAUAAAUGGGUUACCUGGAUUAAUGAAGUCAUAUAAGAAGAUCAUUGGUUUUGUGCCUCAAGAUGAUAUUGUCCAUGGGAACCUGACUGUCGAGGAAAAUCUGUGGUUUAGUUCAUGUUGCAGGUUAAGCAAAGGCAUGUCAAGAUCUGAUAAGGUUAGGGUUCUUGAACGGGUUAUUGAAUCAUUAGGGCUUCAAGAAAUUAGAAAUUCCCUUGUUGGGACAGUGGAGAAGCGGGGCAUUUCCGGAGGACAAAGGAAGCGUGUUAAUGUUGGGAUUGAAAUGGUUAUGGAACCAUCUCUUCUGAUAUUAGACGAGCCAACUACAGGCUUAGACAGUGCUUCCUCUCAGCUACUUCUAAGGGCACUUCGACAUGAAGCACUUGAAGGUGUAAAUGUUUGUGCAGUGGUUCACCAACCAAGCUAUACUUUGUUCAACAUGUUUGAUGACUUUGUCCUUUUGGCAAGAGGUGGCCUUAUUGCUUAUCAUGGACCUAUAUAUGAAGUUGAAACGUACUUCGCAGGUCUGGGGAUCAAGGUGCCAGGCCGUGAGAAUCCUCCAGACUAUUUCAUUGACAUUUUAGAGGGAAUAGUAAAGACAAAAAUGAGGGGAAAUGUCACUCCUAAACACUUGCCACUCCUUUGGAUGCUACAUAAUGGUUAUGAAGUUCCAGAUGAUUUGCAGAAGGACCUUGAGAAUAUCAAUACAAUUCGUGAGUUAUAUACUGUUCGGUCCAUUAGCGAACAGUCUUCAGAAGAACAGUCAGAAAAUACAGAUUCUGUGCACCGUAAUCUGAGUCAAUCAAAUGAAUUACUGGAAAGGAAAACACCUGGUGUGUUUGCACAAUACGGAUACUAUUUGGGGAGGGUAGCAAAGCAACGGUUGCGUGAAGCUACACAGCAGGCCGUUGAUUACCUAAUAUUGUGUAUUGCUGGCAUAUGCAUUGGGACAAUUGCUAGAGUUCGAGAUGAUUCAUUCGGUGUAGCUUCUUAUGGAUAUACCAUAAUGGCAGUUUCACUGUUAUGCCAGCUUGCGUCAUUGCGGUCAUUUUCACCUGAAAAAUUGCAAUAUUGGAGGGAGAGACAAUCCGGCAUGAGCUCUCUAGCUUACUUUCUUGCAAGAGAUACUAUUGAUCAUUCCAAUACUGCCGUUAAGCCAAUCAUCUUUCUUUCAACAUUUUAUUUCUUCAACAACCUCGGUCGACUCUUAGAGACAAUUAUUUGGUUUUGCUGGCCUAAUUUAUUGUGUAACCGCAUAGGUUACACUUUUGCUAUUUGGUUUGAGCUCGGAUUAGCGCAGUUGAGUUCUGCAAUAGUACCUGUUGUGCUGGUCCUGGUGGGCGCUAAACCAGACCUUCCGCGGGUUAUAAGGGAAUUGUGCUAUCCAAAGUGGGCUCUAGAAGCAUUCAUCAUUGCAGGAGCAAAAGAGUUAGUAUUCUGUUUCUUUAAUCAGCAGUCAUCCUGUUAUCCUGUAGUUAAAGAACUUGUUUAUGGCAUUGUUAAUCAAAUGUGUGCAUAG